AUGGCACACAAGGCGGCAUCGAGCGGCCAGCAUCUGGUACCAUGGAUCUACGACACGCUUCUUAUCAUAUUUCGCUUUUGCUUGAACAUCUUCUUUCGGGAAGUGUACGCACCUGGAGCAUGGCGCAUUCCUAAAAAGGGCCCUGUCAUUAUCGUGGCAGCACCCCAUGCCAAUCAAUUUGUCGAUUCGAUCGUUCUGAUGCGCAUCCUGAAACGUUAUGCUGGACGACGAAUAUCCUUUUUAAUCGCCGAGAAAUCAAUGAGGGAGCCGUACAUCGGGACAAUGGCAGCACAAAUGGGUGCGCUUCCAGUCAACCGUGCUAUGGACAACAUCAAACCGGGAGAGGGCACUAUCUUCUUACCGUAUCCCGACAGUGAUCCGACUCUUGUCCGUGGGAAAGGGACCAAUUUCACUGAUCCCAUGUUCAUGGAAAGAGGCACUAUUAUCUUGCCUAAAGUGAACCAGGACCCUCCCGAACAACAGGCGAUAGCCGAGAUCAUUGGUCCUCAAGAACUUCGUAUCAGAGCACCCUUCAAAAAAUUCCCCCGCGAUCACCCGUUGUACGAAAGUAUUCAAACAGGAACUUCAUUCAAAGUGGCGCCCCACAUAGACCAGAGUCAGAUGUUUGACGCUGUAUAUCGAGGACUGGAAUCGGGUGGUUGUAUUGGCAUCUUUCCUGAAGGCGGUAGCCAUGAUCGUCCACGGUUGCUACCCCUGAAAGCCGGUGCUGCUAUCAUUGCUCUUGGGACGUUGGCCCGCUCGCCUGACUGUGGCUUGUCUAUCAUUCCAUGUGGACUGAACUACUUUCAUCCCAAUAAAUUUCGCUCGCGUGCUGUCAUAGAGCUGGGCCCACCGGUAGAAGUUCAUCCGGAUCAGGUUGCCGCUUUCAAACUUGGCGGAAAUUCUAAACGCAAUGCAGUCGGAUCUCUCCUUGAGACGAUACAGGAGGCAUUAGAUUCAGUCACGCAGCAAGCCCCUGACCGAGAGACGCUGAUGCUUAUUCAGGCUACGAGGAGACUAUAUAAGCCAUUACGGAUGAAACUACCCCUUCCUGUCGUCAUUGAACUCAACAGGCGCCUUAUGAAAGGUUAUACCCAAUUCAAAAAAGAACCAAAGGUCAUUCAAUUAUCCAAAGCUAUAAAGGCUUAUAGCCGCCAGCGCAAAGCUCUGGGCAUACAAGAUCAUCAAGUAGAAUGGGGCAAUGUUCGGCGUCGACCAUGGUGGCUCGUAUUUCUUACACUAGUGUAUCGUGUUGGGGAACUGCUUGCAUUGACUCUGGCGACUUUGCCGUCCCUAGCUCUAUUCUGGCCUGUGUUUGUCACUGCGCGGGUUAUCUCUCAUUCCAAACAGCGCAAAGCACUCGCCAAUUCAUCCGUCAAAAUGGAUGGCCGCGACGUUGUUGGAAGUUGGAAAAUACUCGUGACAAUGGGACUUGCACCCACGUUAUACACGUGGUACACUGUGGUUGUUACGUACUGGUUACACUAUUGUCGACACGACGGCCACUACUCUUCUCUUGUCCCAUGGUGGAUGAACGCUCGAGUAUACGUUCCGGACAGCGUCCCACUGCGGGUUUUUGCUAUAUUCUUUUUUGGCCUCAUGAUAGCAGUCAGCUUUGCGGGUCUUCGCAUUGGUGAGAUUGGUAUGGACAUCUUCAAAUCUUUGCCGCCGCUGUUCAUUGCGUUAAACCCGAGCUCCUCAUCCGCAUUAAUCAAGCUACGCAACCAACGUCGAGCGCUGGUGGCUCAAGUUGUCAACGUCAUCAACACUUUUGGCCCGCAGAUAUUCCCAGAUUUUGAAUAUGAGAAGCUGGUUGACGAGAACUAUGACUACGACGGCGAAGGUGGCAUCGACAUUGACUAUGCAACCUAUAGGUCUCGUCUCAAGAGCAUGCCACCCAGUGAACCCCAGACACCCAACCGCAGUCGUAGCCGAAGCAGCGGCAGGCGUCCUUCUGAUUCUUGGCAAGGAGUCAGCAGCGGAGCAUUGCUUAAGCCGCUCACGUCCGGGCCAUCGAAGGACGAGCUGAGCGAGCUGAACCGACGGAUUGGGACAUUCACUCCAAAGAACGAGAAACAGACACCAGCCGCAGUUAGGUACACCGUUGAGUCUAUAUAG